GUGUAAAAAAGAAGAAGCGGUGGCGUUGAAUUUGUUAUUUAUGAAGGCUAAUAUCCAACGUUGACAAAUACAUAAAUAACGUAUGAGUGAUCCAACUACAUGCACUUAGAGUCCACGUUGGACUUUUUGACUUUCAUCAUUUUUCCACUUGUUCUCGUUUAAAGCUUCCCGCUACUUCCCCAACGGUUCAUAACACGUAAUAUUUAAUACACACUCAUACUGGACGAAGCCUAUAAAAGCAUAGUCGUCAAUAUCUACUAGAGCAGCAAAGUGAAAGAGUUUUUUUGUAAAUUUCUAUCGGGUAUUUAUGGGUUUCCAAGGGAAAUGGUUUUCUGUGAGUGUUCUACUGCUUUGUAUUAUUCUUGAUCUUAGCAUUUUUGUUCUUGGUGAUCACAAGCUUGACCAAGAGAGAUUUGGAGAUGAUUGUCGAUUUGGACGUGGACCUCAUUGUAGAGGUUGGGGUGGUCGUAGGGGUGGUCGUGGUGGUUUUGGAGGUGGAGUUGGAAGAGGAGGAGGGUUUGGUGGUGGUGGAGGACUUGGAGGUGGAUCCGGACAAGGCGGAGGAUUUGGAGGAGGUGGAGGUCUUGGUGGUGGCGGAGGAAGUGGAGGUGGAUUAGGUGGUGGAUCGGGCCAUGGUGGAGGUUUUGGAGCUGGUGGAGGUGUAGGUGCUGGAGGUCUUGGUGGUGGUGGAGGAGGAGGUAGUGGUGGUGGAGGUGGAUUAGGUGGUGGAUCAGGUCAUGGUGGAGGUUUUGGUGCCGGUGGAGGCGUAGGUGGUGGAGGUAUUGGUGGUGGUGGAGGAGGAGGUAGUGGUGGUGGCUUAGGAGGCGGCUCGGGACAUGGUGGUGGAUUUGGGGCUGGUGUAGGUGGUGGAGUUGGAGGAGGCAUUGGUGGUGGCGGAGGUGGCGGUAGUGGGGGUGGAGGUGGAAUAGGUGGUGGAUCGGGCCAUGGUGGAGGCUUUGGCGCUGGGGGAGGUGUAGGUAGUGGAGUUGGAGGAGGCAUUGGUGGAGGAGGAGGAGGAGGAGGAGGUGGUGGAGGCGGUUCAGAUGGUGGUUCAGGACAUGGUGGAGGAUUCGGAGCUGGAGGUGGUGUUGGUGGAGGUGGCGGCGGAGGUGGUGGAGGAGGUGGAGGAGGAGGUAGUGGUGGUGGUUCGGGACAUGGAGGAGGCUUUGGUGCGGGUGGUGGUGUAGGAAGUGGAAGUGGUACAGGUUUAGGUGGUGGUGUAGGGGGAGGUCAUGGUGGAGGAGGAGGAGUUGGUAUAGGAAUUGGUAUUGGAAUUGGAGUUGGUGUAGGAGCUGGAGCUGGCCAAGGAUCCGGCAGUGGUACUGGUUCUGGCUCCGGUAUUGGUGGAGGAAGUGGAAGUAAACAUUAAACAUGAUGAAUACAUGAAGCUAUGUGACUUUAAUUUUCAACGUACCUUAAAAUGAACAACGUGUGAAAAAAGUCUUUUAUGUUUAUUGUUAUUAACUCCAUAUAUUACUAUUGUACUGUGUUUAAGCCUUUAAGGUUUGAAAACUUAUUAUAAUCAAUGAAGAUUUUACACUCAAAUAUGUAACUAUUAGCAUUCUACUACAAGUGGGAUCAAACUCUCAAUCUUUUUAUCA